UCCAGUGGAGCCGGGCGGGCGUGGGAAUCCGGGACGAGCCGAGGCGGCCAGGUCUGGGUGAUGCUGGAGCGCCCCUUCCCAGGAGGCAAGAUGGCGGCUGGGCCAAAUGGGCUCGAGGAGUGGGUGGGCAGUGCCUACCUAUUUGUGGAGUCCUCGCUGGACAAGGUGGUCUUGUCGGAUGCCUACGCUCACCCGCAGCAGAAAGUGGCGGUGUACAGGGCUCUGCGGACUGCCCUGGCAGAGAGUGGCGGGAGCCCCGACGUGCUGCAGAUGCUCAAGAUCCACCGCAGCGAUCCGCAGCUGAUCGUGCAGUUGCGUUUCAGCGGGCGCCAGGCCUGCGGCCGCUUCCUCCGCACCUACCGCGAGGGGGCACUGCGCGCCGCGCUGCAAGGGUGCUUGGCGGCGGAGCUGACCCUGCACUCCGUGCCGCUGCAACUGGAGCUGCGCGCCGGCGCGGAGCAGCUAGAUGCCUUGCUGACCGACGAGGAGCGCUGUUUGAAUUGCAUCUUCGCCCAGAAGCCCGACCGGCUCCGGGAUGAGGAACUAACAGAGUUGGAGGAUGCGCUCAGGAAUCUGACGUGCGGCUCGGGGGGCCAAGGGGGCGACGUGGAGGGCGCUCCGGCCCCCUCGCAGUCUCUGGCACCCUCUCCGUCGGAGGAGAAGCCACCGCCGCCGCCGCCGCCGCCGCCGUCUGGCCAGACUUUUCUGUUCCAUGGUCAGCCCGUAGUGAACCGGCCGCUGAGCCUGCAGGACCAACAGACGUUCGCGCGCUCAGUGGGCCUCAAGUGGCGCAAGGUGGGGCGCUCCUUGCAGCGCGGCUGUCGUGCAUUGCGGGACCCGGCGCUUGACUCACUGGCCUAUGAAUACGAGCGUGAAGGGCUGUAUGAGCAGGCCUUCCAGCUGCUGCGGCGCUUCGUGCAGGCCGAGGGCCGCCGCGCCACGCUGCAGCGCCUGGUGGAGGCGCUCGAGGAGAACGAACUCACCAGCCUGGCAGAGGACUUGCUGGGCCUCGCAAAUCCCCAUGGCGGCCUGGCCUAGCCUGGGUACCAGAGAAAGGGGCAGUCGGCCAGUUGCCCAGCCAGGGUUUGGAGCACCUGGGUGACUGUAGGGUCCCUUCUAAUGCUACUGCUGACCUCCUGUCCACCCACGGGACUCUGACGCCAUACUUACAACCAGAUAUGGCUGCCCUCUCCAGGAGUCAGACAAGCACCCACAGUGUCUGCUGGGGUGCCACUGGGGGUUCUGUUCUAGAUACUAGGAUAGAGACAGAGCGUAUGGGUGACCUGUUGCAAAAGGUCGACCUCACCUUUUCCCACCGCAGAAGAGGGGCUUUCAGCCAGACCUUACCUCUUCAUUCAUAGAACAAUUCAUUACUAUUCAUUAAUUCAAUAUAAUUCAUUAAGGACCUGCUGUAUCCUAGGCAUCAUCCUGGGUGCUGCAAAUACCGUGGUGAACAAAACACACGAAUCCUGCCUGUCCCCAGUUCACACUCAGUCUGAGACUCUGAAUAUUAAGAAACAGUAAUAAAAUACUACCAGUUUUUUGAUGUGAAAAAUACAA